AUGGCCACGAUGUCCUGGUCUGACCUCCCAGAAGACCUAGCAGAGAUGAUCUUGAGGCAGCCAACCGACGUGGUUAAUCUUUACAACUACCGCUGCGUGUGUCGUUCAUGGCGGUCCGUCGCCGGCGAGCUAUUUGCGUCGUCACCUCCACAACUACUUUCCUACAAAAAGCAGAGCAGAAUUGUGCAACGCAUAUGUUUGUUGAAUGUUUUCAAUGGAAACUCGAGCGUGUGUAAAAUUCCCAAGUUCAAGACUGUUGAUGGGCAGCCCCUGUUGCCGAGGAGCGUCUACUCCUGGCAUCGUUGGCUGGUAAUGGAUUGCACCACAUCCAAGUGUUCCUCUGGUUGCGAUCGCAAGUAUCACGCCCAUCAUAUCUGUCUCUAUAACCCAUUCUCAAGGGCUUGGAUUCGGCUACCCGCGUUCACACUCGAUCACUCUCUGGAUACCCAGAAGCGAAAGUUCGUUUUAUCAUCUGAACCGGGAAAUCCAAGUUCAAUUGCUUUAGCAAUUCGUGAUGGGAAAUCUCUUGAAAAGUUGAUGUUUUUGAAACCAGGAGGUAAGGAGUGGAUUGUUGUUGACAUGAGGAUGUGGGUUGUUGAUGUUAUAAGCUACAAGGGUGGAUUCUGUGCACUUGAUUGGCACCGAAACUUAAUACAAUUUAAGUUGGGUACUCAUGUUCCUUAUGCCAAAAGAAUCCCAACUAGGAUUAAUGCAUUAUCAAGUGAUUUAUAUCCCACUGAAUAUCUGAUGGAAUCGCUUUGUGGGGAUCUGUUGUUGGUUCAACUGAAUUUAGGGUCGAAUGGCGGGUGGAAGUUCAAUGUUUUCAAAUUGGAUUGGGGGAGGAUGGCGUGGAAGGAGAUCACAAGCUUAGGUGACGAAGCUAUUUUCUUGAGCUGUGAUGAAUCUGGGUGCAUGCGAGCUGGUGACUCUACCAUAUUCAAACGUAAUUGCAUCUAUUUCACUGAUGAUGUCUUGUGUAUGACACUACAGAAAGAGGGUUUCGGGGUAUACGACAUCGCAAAUCAGACUGUCGGUCGGUUCCCUCGCUCUUUUCCUCAUCAGAAUGAUCGACUGUGCUACCGAUGGUUCACAACGCAAAUAUAG